UUUCAUCAAACUUGUUGUCAGCUUUCUGGACUCAUGUUCCUCAAACGCGAUUAAUUUCAAGACCUUCUGAGCGGUCAAAUAGACUUCAUCAUCGGUCUUCGCUUGCUGAAUAUCUGUGUGGCUACCGUCACUUCAAAACUAAAUGUUUCGCUCUUAAAAUACGUUUUAACAAGACAUUAGCGCUUCAUGGGUGGACUCUAUGAAGAAACACAAGCAGCUGUCUUUUUAAAGGGCUGACCCAUGUGAGGAAGGAGUUCACACACACACACAAACACGCGCGCACACACACACAUACACACACACACACAUACAGCAUGGCAUCUUUCACCAGCACCUGCGGCUCAAAGGUGGAUCGAGGGUCCCAUCAUAGAGGAGACAGCAAGGGGACGCCCAGUGACGGCGACUGCAGUGCUGUGAUUGAGAAGACCAGAGAGUUUUUCCAGAUUUGUGACAUUGAGGGCAAAGGCUUUAUUACACGGCGAGACAUGCAGAGGUUAAAUGGAGAGCUUCCUUUGAGCGCGGAUGACCUUGAGAACGUCUUUGACACUCUGGACGCAGAUGCCAAUGGAUAUCUGACCUUUGAGGAGUUUUCCUCUGGCUUCAGCGAGUUUUUGUUUGGCCCCAGUGUGGUUCCAGUGGAUCCACACGGAGGUGAGCAGCCGGUAUCUCGGAAAUCUCCAGAAAUGCUUUAUGAAAGCCAGUGGGAGGAGAGGCUUAGCAGAGGAGAGGAUGAUGAGGAGAAACAUUUCUGCAUGCUAAUGGAGAAUCUGGGGGCGAGCAACAUCUUUGAAGAUCCAGAAGAGGUGCGGAGUCUUUGGGUUCAGCUCAGAAGAGACGAGCCUCACCUCCUGUCCAACUUUGAGGAGUUUCUCGCCAGGGUCACUUAUCAGAUUAAAGAAGCCAACCAGGAGAAGAAGGAGAUGGAGACGGCCCUUAAAAGGAAAUCGGCUACACAUGACGAUGAAAUCCAGAGGCUUUAUGAAGAAAUGGAGCAACAGAUCAAGAAUGAGAAAGACCGGAUACUCUUAGAGGACUCGGAGCGGUUCUUGACUCGCAGUCAGGACAUGGAGCAUCAGCUUUUAUCCAAAGAGAAAGAGCUGGAAAUCCUUUCUAACAAACAGAAACGGCUGGAGCGUCAGUGUCGGGAUCUGCUCAGCGAACAGCGGGAGACGUCGGUGGAAAACGUCAAACUGAAGCGAUAUAAUGAAGACUUGAGCCGUGAGUUGGACCACACGAGUCAAGAGCUGAGUCUGGCCCAAGAGCAACUCAUGCUGUUGCAGGAACAGUCCUCUCGCCUACACGAGGAGCGAGAGAUGGAGAUUUACAGGGUUACAGAAAGCCUGCAACGAGAGAGAGCAAGUCUUCUCAAGCAGCUUGACUUACUAAGGGAAAUGAACAAACACUUACGAGAUGAAAAAGACAUGUCCUAUCAGAAACCGAAGACUUCUGCUGCGAAAAUCUCCUGGACACAGAGGUCUGGAUCAAUUGCGAUGAAGUACGCUGAGCGCAAGCAGUCAUUUAAGAGUGAUGAGGAUGAAGACAUUGUGCCCAAUUCAAAGCGAAAGAAUGUAAUUGGGAUAAAUGGCCACAGUAUGGACCUGGAGGACAUAGUAGAUGGACGACAUCCCUCAAAAAACCAGCUCCGCAGGAUCAUCUCGAUCGAGGAGGACCCUCUCCCGCAGCUCCUUCAGCAGGGAUAUCAGGCCCAGCUCAGGGAAUGGAGUGAAGAUGAGGAGCUGGAGGAGACCAUUGACCUACAGAUGAGUAAUAUUUACCCUACAACAAGCACUCCAACCUCCGCUUCACCUCCUCCAGCCGUUUCACACACACCCACCUCACCCAGAGGACAACCCGUAGGCAAAGAGACCGUCCAAUCGGAGGAAGGGGCCAGUUCAGGUCCAGAUCGUCUCUUUAAGGUUGUUCUGGUUGGCAAUUCUAGCGUUGGAAAAACAUCUCUUCUCCGGCGCUUCUGUGAUGACUGUUUUCACUCUGGUACAUGUGCUACUGUAGGUAUCGACUACAGCGUGAAGACUCUUUCAGUGGACAACAGCCAGAUCGCCCUGCAAAUGUGGGACACAGCAGGACAGGAGAGGUAUCGCAGCAUCACCAAGCAGUUUUUCCGUAAGGCGGAUGGCGUGGUUGUGGUUUAUGACAUCACUAAUGAGCAGACUUUCACAGCAGUGAGGCAGUGGCUGGCCAGUGUGCAGGAAGGAGCAGGUGAGGGUAUUCCCAUCAUGCUCCUGGGCAAUAAGACAGAUCUAGACAGCCAGAGAGUGAUUCCGCUAGGAUUGGGAGAGAAAUUAGCCAAGGACUUUCAGUUGAUGUUCUAUGAGUGCAGUGCUUUUUCAAACCACAAUGUGACAGACUCCAUGAUUCACAUGGCAAGAAUUCUGAAAGAGCAAGAGGACAGAGAAAAAGAGAAAACCGUGUCACUAGCAGACAGUCCCUCUAAGAAGAAGUCCUGCUGCUAGUACACAUCCAUCCAGAAACACCUGCAGGUCCUUCAAACCCAUGCAUUUUUAUACGGUUGGGUGGUUUUUCUUCUUUUUGGUCCUGUUUUCUUUUGUAAGUGGUCUUCUUUUAUAAACCAGUACCUCUUUAAAGUGUGAAAUGAUUAAUUUUAUGAUAACAUUUAGCGUAAGAAGUGCACUAUAGUCUUGUACAUAUACUACAAUCCGUCCGAUGUUUCCUAAUAAGGUUAUUUAAAUCACCCGUACACUAUUGAUCUAAACAAAUCUGUAUUUUCGUAUCAACAGUUGAUGUAAUUUAUCUUUUUAAAUAUGAACGUCUUGGGAGAAAUCUUUUAAACGAGCCAAAUAAGCUCCUACACUCUAGUUUGUUUACAGCGCAAUUGUUUUGCACAAGUGUAUUAUUUAUUACUUGCGUGAUGAAUUCAAGACCAUCAAUUAUUUCUUUAAUAUUAUAAGCAGACACUGAGGAAUGGCUCCAUUUGCGAUCAUCAGCAGGAAUAUUUUUAAUAGGCGGCCUUCAGAUGUUUUGCAUGAGGAUUUGGUUUUAACAGUAUUGUUCACUUUGCGACUAAUUCAUCAAACCAGAACACUUUUUGAUUGUAUUUUAUGUAUCGUGCUAAUAUGGUAAUAUGUAUAUUUGUAGUCUGUAUUUGCAAUUUAAUGCAAUCAGUGUUAAAUUAGUGUCGGAUAGUAAUGUUCACAUACAGUUGGGCUUGAAAGUUUCCAUACUCCUUGCAGAAUCUGUUCAAUUGUUACUUUAUAUUUAGUACUGUCCCAAGUAUAGAAGAUUUACAUACAGGAUAGUUCACAAGACAAAAACAACCCCCUGCAAAAGUUUACAAACAGUACCCUUGGUUUUUAAUACUGUGUGUGCGUGUGUGUUGUCUGCUUUGUGAUGGUUGCUCAUCAGUCUUUUGUUUGUAUAGAGUAAUAGUUAAAAAAAUCCUCCAUCUCCUGCAGAUUCUUUAGUUUUCCAGCCUCUUCUGCAGAUUUGAACCCUUUCCAGCAGUGGCUGUAUGGUUGUGAGAUCUGUCUUUUUAUUCUGAGGAUGACUGAGGGACUCAAACUCAACUAUUAAAAUAGGUUUAAACCCUCGCCGAUGCUCCAGAAGGAAACACAAUGUUAUAAAAAAAUAAAUAAAACAUGAUGAAGAUGUCAAAAUGUUCUUAUUUUGUUGAACUAUCAUUGUUUUCCAUUUAUUACUGCCUUUCGGAAAUAACAGAAAAUACUUGCAUGCUUCACGCAAGACAAAUUAAGAGCGAUUUACCUUGAUAUUCAGAUUCUAACGGUUUUCAGCCCUCAGAUCUUAAUGCGUUGUGUUUCUUUCUGGAGCAUCGGUAAAGGUUUAAACCUUUCUUAAUAGAGUAAGAGUCCCAAAAUCAUCCCCAGAGUGAACAGAUGAAUCUUACAAUCAUGUAGUCAAUGCUGGAAUAGGUUUAAAUCUGCAGAAGAUGCUGGAGAACUGAAGAAUCUGCUGGCCAUGGAGCAGUUUUUUUGUCAAAUAACUGUUGAGAACAAGUGAAAAACUGUCACAAAGCAGAAAAACACACGCAGUAUUAAAAAACAAGGGUAUGCAAAGUUUUGCACGGGGUUAUUUUACUAAUAUCAGGCAAGUGUUUGUCUUGUGAACUAACGGUAUGGAAACAUCUUGUAUUGAAAUAUCCUACUCAUGACAGUACUAUGAUAAAUAAGAAAUAACAUGCAUUCUGUGUGAUUUCUCUUAUUUUUAAACAAUUCUUUACAUUUUAACAGAUUCUGCAAGGAGUUUCUAGCACCACUGAACUAUAUUAAUAAUAUAAUUUCUCCCCGCGUCUUAUAGAGCUGCAUUUAUGAUCCACCAGACAGUGGAUUUAUGCACAUUAGAGAUAAACAAUAAGCCUCAUGCUGUGUUUCAUGAAGGAACUCAGCCAAUCUCAUCUGUAAUUGUAGUUUUUAUGUUUGAUUCAUGCAUAAUUUAUGGUUCGUUUCUCAAUCGACAAUACUGUAUGACCACUGAGGGCAGAAUGACACUAGGUUUCAUUACUGUGUGGAUAUUUUUAGAUUUCACACUCUUGUAGUCUUAAAUGUUAAUACUUUAAAUGUUUAUGCUUUAUUAUGUACUUGUGUAAUGUGUAAAUAAUGAAUAGAAAUGUAU